AUGAUAUCUCUCUCUCUCUCUCAUUUGUCAAACUCUCCUUCUUUCUCACUCUACUCUUCCUUUCUCUCUCUCUCUCUCUCAUUUGUCUUCUUUCUUUCCUCUCUGUCUGUAAUGUGCUUAUCUAUCUAUCUAUCUAUCUAUCUAUCUAUCUAUCUUAUUUGUUAUAUUCUCCUUCUUUCUCAUUUGUCUUCUUUCUUUCCCAUCUUCUAUCCUGCAAGCCCGAACCAGUUUCUCUCUAUUUCUCUCAUGCACACUCUUAGACUCUCAAGCUUCCAAUUUUCUGCUAAAACGGAUGCUUGUCUUGUCCCUGCUGUUGUAUCUAUGAUGGGGCCAAACUUUAUUACCCUGUUCCUCUCCCUGCCUGUUGUCUUCUCUCUCUUUUAUUUAUUGAUGUCUCUUUUUCCUUUUUAUCCCAUCUUUUUCUCUUUCUUUUUUACUUUCUUCAUUUCUCUUUAUAUUUUAUUUCAUUUUUGCCCCUCUUCAUUCUUUUCUUCUUUGUCACCCUUUCUCUUUCUUUUCCCCACUGUUCCUUUUCUCUCUUUUCCACUGUCUCUUUUCUCUCUUGUCCCCAAUCACUUUUCUCUCCUUUUCUCCACACCAUUUUCAUUCCUCCUCUUUUCUUUCCUUUUUCUCCACUCUCUUUUUCUCUACUCGUUUUUUUGUCCCCUCCCUCUUUCUAUUUACUUUUCUUCUGCUGUCUCUCUCUCAUAUUUGGCUCUCUCUCUCUCAUAUUUUGAUCUCUCUCUCAUCUUUGUCUCUCUCAUCUUCAGCUUUUUCUCUCUUCUUUGGCUCUCUCUCUAA